AUAUCUAAAUCCAAGACUCUCCUCACAGAAGAGACUGAGCACUCAGAGAGUGAAGAAGCACUGUCUGUACUGAGACUCAUCUACAGUUUGAAAGUGAACCCUGGUCGGUAUUCAUGGGGGUCAAAACUAUUUUGUUUUUCUUUGUACUUCUGCAUGCAUAUACUGCCACCUUUAACGAUUCUGGCUGUGUUCCACCAUCUUGCAACAAAAACAUCGUUAAUCUGGACUCUUCAUUAACACAGAGUCAUCAAAACAAUUCAGAUGGUCCAGGUGGGAUUCCAGGCACUCCUAAGAAUAAGAACAGUAAUGACAUAUUGUCCAUCUCAGACGAGGCUGUUGACUUUCUCAAAGGCCUGCAGGUCACACGCAUUAUGCCCUCAUUCUACAUCAUCAUCAUCCUCAUUAGUUUGCCCCUGAAUGCUUUGGCCUUGGUAGCAUUCACCUGUAAGAUUCGAGAGAAGAAACCAGCUGUGAUCUACAUGUCUCACCUGGCGUGUGUGGACCUGCUCUUCACCCUGCUGCUGCCUCUGAAGAUCCACUACCAGCUGAAUGCUUCAGAUUGGGUGUUCGGUGAGGCGGUGUGUCGUGUGAUCAGUGCAGCUUACUACUGCUACAUGUACUGCUCCAUACUGCUGAUGAUGUGCAUGAGUGUGGACAGGCUGCUGGCCGUGGUGUUUCCCAUCCCCUCUCUGACCUGGAGGAGCACAAGGAAAGCCACAUACAUAUGUGUGCUGGUCUGGCUGCUGGCGAUCGCUGGUACAGUGCCACUUCUCUUAGUGAGACAAACAGUUAAGACUGAAAAUGUGGGGAUCACGUGCCAUGAUGUGCUACGCAAAAAUUACACUACAGUAAUGUAUUAUGUGUACCUGUUCUCCAUCCUCUCCUGCUUCUACUUCUUCUUGCCUCUGGUCAUCACCUUAGUGAGUUACAUCACCAUCAUAUAUGCACUAAGUGUAAAGUCUGAUCUCUUAACUACAUCAUCUUCAUCUUCAGGCAGCCGAAGGAGAGCUGUGAUUAUGGCUGUCACCGUGCUGACUGAGUUUGUGUUGUGCUUUGCUCCAACCAAUGGCAUCAUGUUGUACCACUGUUAUCGUUUAGCUAAUGGAGGCCACCGAGAUUCAUCAUAUGCGGCUUACCUGUUGGCAGUGUGUUUGGGGAGUGCAAGUGUUUUUCUGGAUCCUAUGUUGUACUACUACGGCUCGUCUCAAUGCAGGAAGCAGAUCCGCUCUGUGUUUUGGUGCAAUAAAGCAAAAAAGAGAGCAAAAAUGCUGUCACACACAUAAAAACUUCUCACUGCACUACAGCUUCACAGGAAAAAAUUAAAUGAGAAGCAGAUCUCAACAGCAUCUAUCUAUAUUCUGAGCUGUAUCCUUUGUUUGCUUGUUUAUUUUCCAGUAUUAACCAACAUGGAAUAAAGUGCAGCUGUUCAUUGUCUCUGUAUGCACAAAUAUAUUAACAAUAUGUACCAUUUAUGUGUCAGUGGAAGUAUUGGAGAAUAUUGCUCAAUACAUAACAUUAUUUAUAUUAAUAUAUAAAUAAAAAAUAAAUAAAAUCUUUAAUAACAUUUGACUAAAGCCAUUUAAUCACUGAUUGCACUCUACGAGACGUUCGGAUCUACAUGGAGUACUUUAUUUUAAAGAGUGGUCAAACAGGCAGAGAUCAGAGAACAGCAUCAGGUAU